ACGGUCUUAUCCAGAGUUCAGAUCCCAAAGCCAGAAAGAACCGUACACAGGAGAUAGUUGUUUUGGCUCCGCCUUCCUCCGCGAAAUAAAGGAGUUUGGCCCCGCCGUCUCGCCAUAGUUUAGUGAUCCGGCGCGCAGGCGUGCGGCCCGGUGGCCUCCUGUCGGAGGGGCGCUUGGAAACUACUAUAGGAAAGCCGUGUAGACGGAGUGGGGCUCGUUUCCGUCCACCAUGAAGUCCCGUUUCAGCACGGUCGAUAUCAGAGCGGUUAUAGCAGAAGUGCGACACAGCUUGUUGGGAAUGAGGGUAAACAAUGUUUAUGAUGUGGAUAAUAAGACAUACCUUAUCCGAUUCCAAAAGCCGGACUUCAAGGCUACACUUCUUCUGGAAUCUGGCAUUAGGAUUCACAUGACAGAAUUUGAGUGGCCAAAAAACAUGAUGCCAUCUGGUUUUGCAAUGAAAUGUCGCAAACAUUUAAAGACCAGAAGGCUUGUGAGUGUGAAGCAACUUGGCAUUGACAGAAUAGUCGAUUUUCAGUUUGGGAGUGAUGAAGCAGCCUAUCAUUUGAUUAUAGAGCUUUAUGACAGAGGCAAUAUUGUUCUUACUGACCACGAGUACCUUAUUUUGAAUAUCCUGAGAUUUCGCACAGAUGAUGCAGAUGAUGUCAAGUUUGCAGUCCGGGAACAUUAUCCAGUUGAUCAUGUCAAAACUGCAACAUCAUUACCCAGUUUAGAAAGGUUAACAGAAUUAAUAACAAGUGCACCUAAAGGAGAUCAACUAAAGAGAAUCCUAAAUCCCCACCUUCCUUAUGGGAUCACUCUGAUUGAACAUUGCCUUAUAGAAGCAGGACUUUCAGGCAGCAUCAAAGUAGAGCAGAUAGAAAGUAAAGAUAUUGAAAAGGUACUAGCCGCUUUACAAAAAGCUGAAGACUGCAUGGAAGAAACUGAGAACUUUAAUGCCAAGGGCUACAUCAUCCAAAAAAGGGAGAAAAAACCAAGUCUGGAACCAAACAAGUCUCCUGAAGAAAUCCUCACGUAU